UCAUCUAAUAAGUGUCUUAAAACAAAUAAUUACUUUUCAAUUAAUCCUUCAAGCAAUGGAUUUGGCAUUGGUCUUCAAGUUACAAAUAGAUCGACGCAUCAAGUGAUGACACGAAUAUUUGCAAUAUUUUUAAAGGAAGUGCUUAACUAUAAGGAUGUACAAAUCAUUCCAUUAAUAUUUGAAAAUUCAUCGGACCCUGAAAAUGCUUUGCGAACCCUAAAAUAUGUUAAAUACUAUAAGGGACAUCAUCAGAUUUCAAUGAUCAAUUUGGAAGUGUGGACACCGUACACAGUACAUAAGGAGCCUCAACCAAAUAUUUAUAGUGCCGGUGCAUCUAUAGCUCCCGGUCGGUUUAGUUGGUUUGUGCCAAGAUCACAAAUUACGACGGAUACAAAGGACUGUAGCUUGCAUUAUGAAGUCUUUAGAGAUAUUAAUAACGUAUAUUAUUCACUCUACAUAAUGGAGAAUAAUAUUAUGUCAAUAUUAUUAAACAGAAGUGUUGAAGAAUAUACAAAUCCAAAUUGUGCCAAUAUCAAAUGUGCGACGCUAAUGGCGGAAUGGCGCGAUGAUUCGAACUUUAUUACAGAGGAAUUAGAUGACAGCUAUCUAAAUGUAGUUUGGUUAGGACAUCAAUUUAGAGAUACUAUUCAGGAAUUGGAUACAAUAUAUAAAUCUAGUUACAGUCGUGGACAAAAAAGAUUUGUCGUUCUUCAUUGGAUUCCCUCGGAUGUAAUUGAUUCUAAAAUUAAAUUUACACAAAUAUCAUUGCCCAGAUGUGAGGACCAUGAUUACUUGAAAAGGUCAAAUUGCCGAUACGAGUUAACUCCGAUUCUAAAAUAUUAUCCCGGAAGUUUAAUUUAUGAUAAGCGAAUGAUGUACGCUCUUCGAAAUUUUUAUAUAAAUGAUACAGACUUGGAGAAUAUUCUGAAUGAGCUUAGUGUACAAAGAGCCUAUACAAAAGAUUCUGAAGAAUUGUUUAACAAUGUCGCGUGUAAUUGGCUGCUCCAGAAUUUUAAGAUAUACAGUCAAUGGGUACUUCCAAAGACGGUAAAAACAUUAGCGAUUGGUGGUAUAUUCCCACUCCAUAUAACAGAUCGGGGACAUGCAAAUAUUAUUGAGGCAUCGCAAAAAGCUGUCGAUGUAAUCAAUGAGAAUAAAACAAUACUACCAAACUAUCAUUUAGAGCUACUAAUAAAAGACGGGCAAUGCAAGUCGGAUAUGGUUUUAAAGUCAUUUAUACAUUAUUUCAAUGAACCAAAUUUAUUGGGUGUUCUGGGCCCUGCGUGCAGUGAAACUGUUGAACCGAUUGCAGGUAUUUCAAAGCAUUUAAAUAUGAUGGUCAUAUCAUAUUCAGCUGAGGGCGACUCCUUUGUUGACCGCAAAGCAUAUCCAUACUUUUUUCGAACGAUUGGAUCAAACAGCGAGUAUGUGGAUGCUUACAUCAAAAUUAUGCAGCGACUUGGUUGGACUCGAGUCUCAACAUUGACAGAGGACACCCAGCAAUAUACGGGCUAUUUGUCGCGUAUGGAGAACAAAUUGAGACUAUAUAACUUUACCUUGGCGUUCAGCCGAAAGGUUCCGAGUGAUGUGACUGCUACGGACAUGAGAGAGGUUUGUUUUAAUUACCGCAUUGAAAAAGAAUGUGUUAAAUAA